GGGAGAAUGAAAAGGAGAUUGGCUCUAACUUGAGAUUUUCAAAAUGAAUAGACUUUUUUUCUUCCUUCAAUUAUUACUACAUUAGCAUUUAGUUAUGUUGGUUAAGAUAAUUAAGAAUGGAAAUUGCUUGUUUCCUGAAGGAUGUAGUAGGACAAUGAAUCUUGCACUGAAAGAAUAAAUACAAGGUAUUUGAAUAGAAUCACAUCGCAUGGUUUGAGGGAGUCAUGAAAGAAGCAAUGAAAAAGAAUUCAGCUGGGCAAAGAUUCAGAACCUCAAAUGGAGCCUUUUUGAUUUUUAAAACCCUGUUUUCCUAAUUUACUAUUGCCAACACCUGCAGAUAAAAGCUUGGCAACGAAUGAGCAAUGAGAGAGGGAAACAUAACUUCAUGGAGAGAAUUUCUUCUGGUUGGUCUUCUGCAUCAGUGGUCACCCACCCUGUUCCUUUGGGGGCUUCUCUUCAUGUUUCUGAUUGCUCUGAUGGGAAACAGCCUCCUUAUUAUUCUGAUUAAAACAGACUCUGGACUUCAGACUCCCAUGUACUUCUUUCUUAGUCAGUUGGCUUUCAUGGACCUCUGCCAAGUUCUCUCCAUCGUUCCACAAGUAUUGGUCAGCUUUGUAACUAAGAGGUAUACAAUUUCACUCUAUGGGUGUGUUAUUCAGAUUUCUAUAACUUUGCUCUUAGGAGGAGCAGAGUGCCUCAUCCUGGCAACCAUGUCUUAUGACAGAUAUGUGGCCAUCUGCAAACCUUUGCAAUAUCCCAUCCUCAUAAGGAGGAGUGUCUGUAACAUGAUGUCAAUGGCAGCCUGGUUUUGGUCUACUGUCCAGGCGCUCACUUGCUCUCUUUAUGUCCUGCCCCUUCCCUACUGCAAGUCCAAUGUGAUUAACCAUUACAUGUGUGAUUAUCCAGCUCUUAUCCAGCUGUCUUGCUCAGAUAAUUCUGCUUUUGAAAGAACAACGUAUGCUGGAAAUUUUCUGGUACUUCUCAUCCCCAUCUCAGUUAUCCUCACCUCCUAUGUUGCCAUCCUCCUCCAAGUUGUGAGGGUACGAUCUUCUGAAAGGAGCCAUAAAGCCUUGGGAACUUGCAUGUCUCACUUGUGUGUAGUUGGGAUAUUCUAUACAACUUCUCUUGCGACAUACAUGAAACCUGCAUCCUCUUAUUCACCUCAGGAAGCCAUGAUUAAUACACUGUUCUUUACUAUCAUACCUGCCAUGACAAAUCCCUUCAUAUAUAGCUUGAGGAAUCGAGAUGUUUUGGAUGCUCUGAAGAAAAUCUUUGGAAAACCCAAUUUGCUUUUAGUGACUUGAUAGUACAACACAAUAGUGGAUAUUUUCUUUUUGAAAUAUCGGCAUUUGAUCCAGUAAGAGUGAAGAUGUUCUUGCUGUUAUUAUUUUAUCCCACUGUACAUGUGGGCUCAAGUUAAAGUGGUGAACAUACCUAAUAAACUUUCCUUCCAUUUUUCCCACUAUGGCAACCUUCAAUACUUAAUGACAAUAGAAACCUAUUCUUGGUUGUCUUAUUUGAUCAACAUAAAUAUUGAAAACAUAAACCAAACAAUUGCAUUCCUCAGCUAGAGUCUAGAAUAUUUUGCCCACUGAAACUGGACAGCCAUUUGUCCAAAAUGGUAUAGGGUUUCCUACCUGAGCAGGGGGUUGGACUAGAUGACCUCCAA